AGAAGAAGUAGGUUCAUGGAACCUAUCAAUGGACUAGAGAUUCUUUACCUGGCCAUUUACCUUUACUUACAGAAAUAUUCUUGCUUGAACAAAUCGAACUUUUGUGUGUAUAUAUCCAACGCCAUAGUGCUAAAGACGUUUGUUCAAAGAGAUAAACGAGAAGAAAAGAUCUUUAAAGACGAGAUGGGCGUAAUUAUUGUGAUUGCAAAACGUUUUGAUGCUCUAAUUGGGCCUGGAGUUAUGCUUCUCUAUCCUUUGUAUGCAUCGUUACGAGCAAUAGAGAGUCCAACGAUGUUAGAUGAUCAACAAUGGCUUACAUAUUGGAUAAUCUACUCUUUAAUUACAAUAUUCGAGCUAUCAUUUUGGAGAAUCCUUGCCUGGCUACCAUUUUGGCCAUACAUAAAGCUUUUGUUCUGUAUGUGGUUGGUGUUACCAAUGUUCAGUGGUGCAGCUUACAUCUACUCCAAUUUUGUGAGAAAAUACGCUAAGAUUGGAAUGAACGUUGGAGGGGGAACGAAUUAUACAGAUGAACAGAGAAGAGUUCUACAGAUGAUGAGUCUUGAUGCUAGAAAAUCGGUUCAAGAUUAUGUUGACCGGUUUGGAUGGGAUUCCGUUGAGAAAGCAAUCAAAGCGGCUGAAAGAGAAACAAAGAAGCACUAAGAUGGAAGAUUGCGAAUCAAAAGCCUUUUUUCAGAAAAAAAAAAAAAUGAUUGCGAAUCAAGAAACAUUGCUCUUUGCUUUCUUGUUUUUCAACGUGUUGGUAUAUUUGUGUAUAGAUUGUGUAGAGAAAUACUUCAAUGGAAAAUAAAUAGAUUGUAUGAAAUUGUUUAAUUAUUUUAUAUAGUUUCGAAUAAAUUAAUAAA